AGUGACGUGUUUCCUUUUUCCAAGCCGCCUCUGGUCAUGUUAGUAUUGUUGAAGAAUAGAAGACCGACCUAUAACUUACAUUUUUGAGACAGGAAAAGACAGAGUUUGAGAGGCACCCCGGAGACGUCGCUUUAGUUUAGCAGAGGUUGGACCAGAACUCUUAAUUUGAGGCGCUUCAGUAUACUGCUAACGUUAUGGCUAAGGUACAAGUGUUGAAUGUGGCUGUCCUGGACAACCCGAGUCCAUUUGGAAACCCGUUCCAGUUCGAAAUAACCUUUGAAUGCAUGGAGGAUUUGCCCGAAGAUCUGGAAUGGAAAAUCAUCUAUGUGGGUUCAGCAGAAAGUGAAGAAUAUGACCAGGUUCUGGACUCUGUUCUAGUUGGUCCAGUACCUGCUGGCAGACACAUGUUUGUUUUUCAGGCUGAUGCUCCCAACACUGGACUAAUUCCAGAGAGUGACGCUGUAGGAGUGACUGUUGUUCUUAUAACCUGCACCUAUCGUGGACAGGAAUUUAUCCGCAUCGGUUAUUAUGUCAACAAUGAAUACACAGACCCUGAACUACGGGAAAACCCACCUCUCAAACCAAACUACGCACAGCUCCAGAGAAAUAUUUUGGCCUCUAACCCUCGUGUGACCCGCUUCCAUAUCAACUGGGAAGGCUUGGCAGACAAGAUGGAAGACAGCGAGAAUGUUGACCCCUCACCCAACAUCAGUGGGAUGCUUCCCCCAUCUUGUCUACCAGGAAAGAUGCCUCCUCUUGGACUGAUGCCAGACAACUCCAUGGACUGCAUGUAAGAAUCGUCAGUUUCACAAAAUGGACCAGAAGCCCAAAUGCACAUUUGGACAAAGAGCCAAGGAUGUAUCCGUGUAAGGUUUGGACUUUAAAAGAGAGCAUGGUUUUGGCAAAAGGGACACUAUUUUUCUACAACAUACUCAAAUGCAAUGGAUCUGGAAUUAUUACAAACUCCAUUUUCUCUUUUAUACUCUUUCAACACAACAAAUCUGCACAAUCACCAUUGCCUUAUUUUACUCUGCCAUACAUGAUGUUGAAGCUUACUGGAUGGCAUAUUCUCACAGCCUUGAGCCUUACAAGUUUGGUGCCAAUAAUAUGCUGUUCAUUUUGAUCUCUUGAGCCAAACCAAAUCUGUGCUGUGGAAAGAUUGGCCUGAUCUGCAGAAUGAUCCCUGUCAGAAUAGGUGGGGCUGGUAACAUAAAUGCAUGUCUCAUCUGAAACUUAAAACUAAUAGCACUGAUACUGUAGAUACAUUUGGUUUAAAUUAUGGGCUACUUUCAGGAACAUGCUCCGAGAAGCGAGUUUAUCCUAUUACCCUGAUGGCUUUUGUACUACAGUACUAUAAUUAUGUUGUACAUCUUUAUCUGGUUGUGCAAAAGCCGUAUGUAGGUAAAGGACAACCAGUGAGAUGGAUGUCAUGUUGCAUUUUAUUCUUUUCUUGAUUUCAGCUUAAUGUAAAUAAUGUUUCUCUAGUGCUUGUUUUGUCUUCAAGAUAAAACAGCUGAUUUUUCCUUUUGUACUUGCUAUAUAUUCUGUCUCAGUAUUUAUGACAGCUGUGGUUGGGUCAAUAAAGUUUGUACUGUA